AUGGCCUUUGUAAAUCAGGCAGCCACUGAUAUUAAAAAGAAACUCCAGAAACUAGAGGAAAAGGGGGGAAAACAGAUUCAGGACUUACUCCGCAUUGCCCAGCGUGUCUAUAAUAAUAGAGAGACUCCAGAGGACAGGCAACUUAAAGCCACUGAGGAAAUGACCAAAGUCCUGGCCGCUGUUGUCCAAAAGCCCCUAGAUAAGGACCAAUGUGCCUAUUGCAAAGAAAAAGGCCAUUGGGCCCGAGAAUGCCCUAAAAAGAAGGUAAUACAGGGAGUAGCACAGUUCAUUGGGGCUGAUUGGAAACUACAUUGUGCAUAUAGACCCCAAAGCUCAGGACAGGUAGAAAGAAUGAAUAGAACCCUAAAAGAGACCCUAACCAAAUUGACCAUGGAGACUGGCGCUAACUGGGUAGUCUUACUCCCCUACGCUCUGUUCAGGGUGCGGAACUCCCCUUACAAACUGGGAUUAACCCCCUUUGAAAUCAUGUAUGGAGUGCCCCCCCCUAUAAUUCCCAACCUACAGUCUAAUGUGUUAACUGAAUUUAAUGAUCAUAAACUUCUUAUUUCCCUGAGGGAACUCCAGCACAUCCACCAGGAAGUUUGGUCCAGAUUGAGAGCCAUUUAUGAGAACGGGACCCCUCCUGAGCCGCAUCACUACCAACCCGGAGACUGGGUAUACGUGCGGAGACAUAAGCAAAGAAAAAAAAAAAAAAAGAACAGGAGGCAGGAUGGUUUGAAUCCUGGUUCAGUGCAUCCCCAUGGUUAACUACCCUGCUCUCCGCUUUACUCGGGCCUCUAGCCAUCCUACUUCUCGCUCUCACAUUAGGCAUCAUAAACAAAAUGAUUAAUUUUGUCCAAGACAGGUUCAAUGCUGUACAGUUAAUGGUCUUACGAACCGCUCGAGACAUUACAAAUAGAAAACUGAAGAUCCAAGAUUGGCUCUUUAGGCACAAGGAAAAGGGGGGAAUGAAAGGAACAAUCCAAAUGACAGCCCUGCCUUAGUUUAAAGCUAGGUUCUCUUUUCUGCUUAUUAUGGAUCUUUGAUAAGAAAUACAAUUGCUGAGAAGUCUGUUUUGC